GAUCUGUGCCAAAUUGUGUAUUGGGAUGAUCAUUCUGCACAACUAAUGCACAUGGAUGCUAAUGAUGACCUUGAAAUUAUAUUUCAAAAUCAUGUAACUGCAACUUCUUAAACUUAAUUAAGUAGGCUGAUGUUGUGAAGGUGAUAUUAAAAGUGCUAACAUUUGUUUAUUCACACAUUUGUAUAAGUGUGAUUGGAAAAUUUCAAAAUGACUAUGGGAUCUAAAAUAAAAGCCUCAGAGAGUUUUCGAGAAGCUUGUUCACCUUAUCUGUCAUCAUUAAAGAUACAUCAACUUCCAGAGAAACUGUUAAUGAAAGUAUUCUCUUACAUAAAACACCAAGAUUAUGGUAAACUAGCUAGAGUCUGCAAAAAAUGGAGAAUGAUAGUUUACAGCACGCAGUUAUGGAAAAAUGUAUCACUUCGGCCAGAGUAUGGUGGCCUUCAUGUGAACAACAUCGAAAUUUUAAUGCAGUUGAUUGGCAUUAGAUUUGGAAACACCAUGCAGACAAUUGAACUUCCCAGUGAACUUAUUACUGCUCCAGUACUACAUGAGCUUUCUAACAAGUGUCCAAUUUUAAAAAACAUGACGCUUGAUUUUUCAAAUGCUAUGCAACUACAUGAUUUCAAUGAUUUGAAUGCAUUUCCUUGCAAUCUGCGAACCAUGUGUAUUUGUCUAUCUGAAGUGAUAUUCUUAGAAGGUUUUAUGAGGAGGAUAUACAGCUGCCUUUCUUCUCUAGAGGUGUUGCAUCUCAUAGGCACUUUCGAAAUGUCAACUGAGGCUGAAGAGGAUAUCUAUGAAGUUGUUAAUAUUGGGAAGAUCAAAUCACACACACCAAAUUUAAAAGUUGUGAAUUUAUAUGGUAUUUCAUUUAUUGAUGACUCUCACAUUGAACUACUUACUUCCAACUGUAUCCAUCUAGAAACUUUAGCCAUGAAUUUCUGUCUGAGAGUCAAAGGUACAUCAUUUAAAACUCUUCUCCAAAGAUGUAAAAAGCUGAAAUCACUACUGCUGCAACACACAGGGGUUGAAGAUGAGCACAUGAAGAAUGCACCAUGGGAAUCAUCUGUUGUGACAGAACUUGAUUUGACAUCAACAGAACUUUCAAAGGAAUGCUUAGAAAAUAUUUUGCUUCGUAUUCCAAGCUUUACCUAUCUGGGACUUGGAUACUGUGAGUUCUUUACUGAUAGGAUAUUAGAGGCACUGGUACAAAGAGGGAAAUUAAAUCAGCUUAAGGCUAUUGAUUUAAGCUACACAAAUGCCUUGUCAGAAAACACCAUUUACAAACUUAUCCAGAAACAUGGGGGACAACUAACUGGAUUGAUGCUAAGUGGAAAACCAAAAUUAACAGAAAACUUUUGGUUGAAUGUCAUACCAUUGCUGAAAAAUAUACAAAUCUGUGUCCUUGGAACAGCUAAUGGUUGGUUUCUGAAGAUCCAAAGCCGUGUUCAUAUUGAUCAGAUCAUUGAAGCAUUUGCACAAAACUGCCCAAAAAUGUUGAGAUGUGAAAUUCAGUGGGACCCUGAUACAAUCAGAUUCAGUGAUAAGAGCAGUAAAUUUAUAGAUCACAUACGCUUGAGAUGUCCAUACAUGAAAUCGUUUACCCUGAGUGAUGGAGAGUAUUACGAGAUGGUCAAAUCAAACUUUGAAAGAGCAGAUAGACAAAAGGUUGUUCGAACCACUACAAACUAUUGUACCAGUAUUGUUAGCCUGCUGAAUCACUAUAGUGACCUUUUGUUUAACUGAUGAACCUUAUCAUAUAGCCUGCUGAAUCUCACAAUCAUACAAUGAGUGAUCCUAGUUCUAGUGGUCUGCUGAAUUCCUUAAUUUUCUGAUUAAUUGAAAGCAAACAUCUUUUUUUAAUCUUAAUAGUAAUUAAAAUGUUAUUAGCCAGUGACAUUCUGUUUUAAUAUUCAUUUUACAUGUAGUCCUCUGAACAGUAUGAUUAUCAUUGUCUCGACUGUACAGCGUGCUACUGUUUACUGACUGUUUAGAUCACUGUGACCUAAAUAUCAAUUUACAGAAAGUUUAAAUCAGAAACAAUUUUUACACAGUGUUAUUGUUUUAAAAAGAUGAAAUGUCCACAGGAAACAACUAACCUUUAAUACAUAAAUGACUCAUUUACAUAUUGGUAAAAUUGAUCACAUCAAGUAAUUUUUUGCAACAAAAAUGAUAUAAAUAAAAUGUUCAUGUUUUUGGUAUGCUACUGUGAAGACAGGUCAUCUUUAUACACUGUUGAAACAUUGCAGAUUUCAACCUGUCUACAGGGUAUGGCAUUGAAAGAUCACUAGCUUGUUCCAAAAAAAGAUGAUUUUAUUUUUGGCUAAAAUUCACAUUAAAUUAGCUUUUUGUGAUACAAAUAAAUAAACAAUAUUAGGUUAAUGUCAGAAAAUUAUAAACUUUUUUGUAUGAGGCUGAGAAACUGGGGAAGGGCGAGGUUUAACCAAAAAAGUUUAUCUUUUUCUGACAUUGACCUAAAUAUUGUUUUUAUACUGCAACUUAAAUUCAUACAUUGAUAGCUAUUUGAAUUGUAAUACAAAUUUCAAACUUAUUUUCAUCCCUAAAUGAACCCCUGAUUGUGGAAAAAAGUGAUCCAUGAUGAAAUCGACAUUGCACAAAUAUAGCUUUGUUACAAAUUUAGGAAAUAAACACAACUAGUUGCAGUAUAAAUACAUUUCACUGCAUAUGUAAUAUGCAUGCUUUUGGAAGGAUAAAAAUGUUAAGAUUUCAUUUCAAUGUUCCAUCUUUGAAUAAUUUAUGAAUCAAAACGUUUUGUAUUGAUAUAUUUGAAAACUUCAGCUAUGAGCUACCAGCAUAUUCUCUUUUAACCUCAUGGCCUUAUAAAAAAGAGUUAGUAUUACAAUGUAUGGGAGACUUACUUAAAGUGAUUUUUUUUAUUGAAAAAUUAUUGAUACAUGUAUUAUAGUUCUGUAGAAAUUUUGAUAGUUUUAUUGAUUUUCUAUGUUAUUUAUUAUAUGAGCAUCUUAUGUUGUUUCUUAGACAUUUUAUUAUUUAUUUACAAAUAUGAAUUAUGACAAUCCAAUGAAGGAAUGUUGAAAAUAAAAUUAGCAAAAUGUU